AUGGUGGAGCAAAAACAUGCAUUGAAUGCCACUCUUGCAUCUAUAACGAAAGUCAACAACCUUUCCGCACACGAAUGGAAGACUGCCGAGGAGUAUGUGCAAGUUCUUCGUCCAUUUGAGGAUGCAACAACCAUUAUGUCGGCAACUCGGUAUUCCACUCUGUCCAUGGUCAUCCCCGUUCUCAACACCUUAUGUGACGAAAUGAAAGCUGCUGAACUCAACACAUUUGGUGAAUGUAUUAUCAAGAACAUAAACAAUCGCUGGCCCGAUUACGAGAAAACACAACUCUUCUACAUUGCAACAGUGCUUGAUCCUAGAUUUAAGCAAUAUGCAUUUUCAUCAGAAAGUUCAAAAAUCGCUGCCAGGUACACCCUACUUGUUGAAGUCUUGGACAUUUAUGAGAAAAAGGCAGAAAGGGAAAAAGCAAGGAAAGCUGAUGUCAGUAAAAAUAUCGGAAGCAAACAUGCUUCAUCUGUAGUAGCCUCUGCUGCCACAACCUCUACCUCCACUGCUGCCACUGCUUCUACCUCCACUGCAGCUGAACAGACAGAACCAAGCGUCGAGCAAAGUACAACUACAUCCAAGAGUGGGAAACAUGAUUUUUGGGGAUUGUUUAAAAAAAAAAUUGCCCAGAAACAAGACAAUGAAGUUCAAAAGCAAAGCAAAGAGGAACUGAGGGCUGUCAUGCAAUAUGAGAUUGACAGGUACUUGAGUGAACCGUUGAUUGAUCCUUCACAGUGUCCAUUUGAUUGGUGGAAGAUGCAUAAUCGCAGUUAUCCAAACGUUUCCGCUGUGGCUAGAUUGUACCUGGCUAUCCCCAGCACGUCGGUGCCAAGCGAGCGCAUUUUUAGUAAAGCAGGUCUUAUCAUUUCUGACAGGAGAUGCAGCUUGAAACCCAGUGUUGCUGAACAAUUGGUAUUUCUAAAUCACAACCUCAAAGCUAAAGGCAUAAAGUCUUAA